GGGGGGUGGGCCCGUCCUGCGGAUUCGGGCGUCGGCACCCGGCCCUGUUUCGAAAAAUGCGGUUUAGGCUCGCUGAUGGGAAGAGGAUGAAGAAAGAUCAGCUAUGGAAAUUGGCGUGACUUUCCGCGGAAAAUAGAACGCGUUACCGGGACGAGGACGAGCGAGGACCCUUUCCGCGUGUCCUCCGCCGCCAGUCGGCCAUGUCAUUUUAUAUCCCGCUCUGACUCAACCGUUGGUCAAUCAUCACGCUCCUGAUGCCCCCGAGUCCUUCUCCUCCAAACAGGGCCAGCCCCGACGACCACGUCUCUCGCGUCUCCGAGGCUGCCCUCAGGAAGAAGAAGAACGCAGACGCACAGGCCGCCUUUCGUGCCCGCCGCGCAAACUACAUCGCCACCCUUGAGCAGACAGUCACCAAUCUCGAGACCGUCGUCCUCCAGCUCCAGGACUCGUGCAAGGACGCAAAGUCCCAGAAUGACGCCCUCCAGCGGGAGGUAGAGCGGUGGAAGCAGGCCACUCGACAGGCAGAGCGGACGGCGAGGAAGCUGUGGCAGGCGCAGCAGAGGAGCAGCGGGAUGAUCGCGAACGGCCAGUCGCACGAAUACAGCUCUCUCCACCAGCCAUCGGCCGUCGGCGCGCCGUCCAUGUCUACCGGGCUCAUCGCGCACUACGGCGACAACACCAUGCGAUACGCGUCGGGUGGCGAUCAGUCGGUGUCGCUCGGAGGGGCCUUCCAGCAUGCCGGGAUGGCGCAGGACGUGCAGCAACGCUCGCCGACGGCCUACGCGAACGCCGUCGCCGCCGAUGAUGGCCGUUCUCAACAUAUGGAUUCCCAGCGGAUGCAUCGAUACGACCAAUACUAUGCCAUGUCCAACGGGGCCGGCCACGACGGGACGUGGGCGCACAACGGCGGGCAGGCGAGCGUGUCGCCGAGUGACGUCUUGGACAGCGGAAGCUCUUCACAUUCACCCAGCUACGUCGAAUCGCCCACGCUCACAUCUCCAGAGCUGGGGUACCCGCAAUACAGCAUGGACGAGAAGACCGACAUCCUCGACUCGCCCUCCUACGUCUUCAACGCCGACAGCCGAUCGAUCUCUCCCGCCGUCUCGACCCCCACGUCCUCCUCAUCUGCCUCAUCCGUCGCCACUACGCCCUUUCAGUUCACAUUUCAGAGCGAACCGAUGAUGCAGGAUCGCUCCGAAUUCGGCUAUCGUCGCGCAGGCCCUGGUCCCCAGCUGACGCUGCAUGGUGGAACAGCCGACAUUACCGUGGCACCUCCGCGGCGUGAUGGUUCGCGAUACGGAGUGGCACCUCGCCUCACGAACCCUCUCACCGACCGCCCUAUCACACAGGCCCUCGCAGCCUAUUCACGCUCAGAAAACGGAUCAGGAGGCAGAGACCGCGACAGCGACAACGAAUCGACGUCAUACGGCUACUCCAGAUCACGCCAACGAAGCGAAGCCCCCUCCGCCGCGGGCUCGCGCUCGCCCUCUCCCGUGCCCCCCAUAUGCGGCACCCUCGCCGUCAUCAAGGCGCAGGCGUUCGGUGCGCUGCGGCGGACGCGCACCAAGGGCAAGAGGACCACCGAGUCCGCCGCGAGGGCCGCCGUCGAGGCCCUUGAGGCCCGCGGCAUUGAGAUGGGCAUCACCGUCGGCUCGAAGCGACCCCGCCUGCACGACGACGGCGAUGCACAGCUAUGACCCACAGCCUAGAUUCUAUGUGAUAUCCCAACUAACAUCUGUACGAAUAUCCAUCCGCUCUUGGGACUCUGUAGAUACGUCGCUCUCGACAGUGCUUUACUUAUUGGCUAUCGUGUUGCACGUCUCUCUCCCUGUAGAAUAGCUGUUCAUUCUGUAAUAUACGACAGUCAAAUCAAUCCGGAUGGUGUGUAGCCCUGUAUCG